CUCACCGUGGUCUCCAUGCCCCACUUCGACAUCAUCACCAACGCCAUGCUGCUCAACAGCAUCUGCAUCCUGUCGGCCGCCUUCCAGGUGUCGGCCGAGUGCAUCGCCAAGGAGAGGAAGCGGAUCAUAGCGCAGCCCCUCCUGGCGGUGGCGCUCAUCAUCCUGGGCUACCUGCUCUUUGCCCUGGGCUUCCUGCUGGAGGACGCCACCCAGACCAAGAUGCGGGUGCAGGUCGCCGUGCCGCUGGCCAUCAUAGGGUCGCUCCUGGUCUCGCUGAACUGGUGGGAGAACUACAGCACGCUCUUCAACAUCGGUUUCUUGGAGGACGUCUCCAGGGACAUAGCUCGGUCUGCAAACAUGGUCUGCAUGCUGUCGAGCACGGUGAGGGUGCUGGUGACGGCUGCGGUGGUCGGGGCGUACGUGCCCCUCUCCGAUCAACAAUGGACUUCGGUCGCUAAGCCUGUGGACAGGGAAGUCAUUGUGGUCUUGCUCCUCACGCAGAUAGGGUCCUCUGCUGUGUGCCACUGGUUUGUUGUAGUGGCCUGUAAGAUGCACAUGUUGCGAAGCAGCUUCGCCGUUCCCAUGUACCUGGCGUCUGUGGUGGUCUUAGCUGUGGUCUGUGGCCCAGUGGUGUUCUUUUACAUGCAACUCAAGGCCAAAUCAAGCCUAGAUCACUACAACGCUACUGUUCACUGCAUGGAACUGACGCAAAGGAAUGACACACAUUGGUCAUUAAAGCUGAUUGUGGACAUCACCCUCACCUUGUGCACCCGAGACAAGUUGAGGGAGCUUGACGCCAUGACUCUCAGCUUCCUGGGCAGUUCCACGGUGUUCUGGUGGCUGGGGCUGGUGUUGAGUACCAUCUACAUGUGGUUCCUGCAUAUCCAGCGCAUAGAGAGAACACAAGACCUGUUUGUCAGACGGCUCUAUGAGGGGGCCUUUCUGGAACAGUCCAUGCUGCUCAAUACACGCUUUCAGAUCAUGAAGAAUGGAAAACAUAAAAGAAUGAAAGAGAAGGUGAUGGUUUACUUGUGCGCUACCAUGUGGCAUGAAACCUACAGUGAAAUGAUGAAGAUUAUAAUUUCCAUGUUCAGACUGGACAAAUACAGGCCAAAGCCGAACCUGAGAAAUGACGUGGUUUUUGAAUUCCACAUCUUCUUCGAUGACGCUUUCAAAGAUGUUACAGGCAGCCAAGGAAGGCAUGUGAAUGAAUAUGCAGAAAUCCUGGUUGAAGUCCUGAAGGAGGUGUACAUAAUCUUCAGUGAGGAGGACCCCAGCAUAUUCAAGCAAAGGGCCCGGCUGCCGGACCAGAGGAUCAUUAGCACCCCCUAUGGUGGCCGUCUGCAUUACACCCUUCCCUAUGGCAACACCCUCAUGGUGCACUUCAAAGACAAGCAGCUGAUCCGCCAUAAGAAGAGAUGGUCACAGAUAAUGUACCUGUACUACUUGCUUGGCUGGAAGUUGAACAAUAAGUAUGCAAUGGAGUUUGGGCAGGGAGAGGAUGAGAGGACUCUAGCAGAGAAGCUUCAGAGAGAGAAGGACAACACCUACCUCCUGGCCCUGGAUGGGGACACUGAUUUCCAGCCUUGUGCAGUGAUGCUCCUGAUCGAUCGCCUGAAGCUCUACCCAGAGGUGGGGGCAGCGUGCGGCAGGAUUCACCCCACAGGCACAGGCCCCAUGGUGUGGUACCAGAAGUUUGAGUAUGCGGUGGGCCACUGGAUGCAGAAGACGGCGGAGCACGUGAUGGGCUGUGUGCUGUGCAGUCCUGGCUGCUUCAGCCUCUUCAGGGCCACCGCCCUCAUGGACGACAACGUCAUGAAGAAGUACACCACCAAGGCCAGCGAAGCCGGCCACUACGUGCAGUACGACCAAGGUGAGGACCGCUGGCUGUGCACGCUGCUGCUGCAGCAGGGCUGGAGGGUGGAGUAUAACGCAGCAUCGGACGCCUACACCAACGCGCCGCAGGACUUCAAGGAGUUCUACAACCAGCGGCGGCGCUGGGGACCCUCCACCAUGGCCAACACCAUCGACCUGCUGGGCUCCGGGCGCACCACCUCCACCCGCAACAGCUCCAUCUCCAUGCCCUUCAUCCUCUACCAGAUCAUCACCAUGAUGGCCUCCAUCCUGGGGCCCGCCACCAUCUGCCUCAUGAUCGCAGGAAGUUUCACCUACAUCUUCCAUCUGGGCUCCGAAAUUGCCCUGGUACUCGCUGUGGUGCCGCCUGCUAUUUACCUGGGACUUUGCUUCAAGCUCAAGUCAGAUACACAGAUCAGAAUCGCUGCGGUAAUGAGCAUCAUAUAUGCUUUAUUCAUGACGGCCACAAUUCCAGCAAUCAUAGGUCAGAUGGUGGAGGAGGGGACAUUUGUGACGCCGGCAGGCAUCUUCUUCAUCAGCAUGGUGGUGAUGUACGUGAUGACGGCGGCGCUGCACCCUAAGGAGUUCUCGCUGGUCAUCUACGGGCUGCUCUACUUCCUCUGCAUCCCCAGCGGAUACCUGCUGCUCACCAUCUACUCCAUCGUCAACAUGAACAACGUCACCUGGGGCACACGCGAGAGCGGCAGGGGGGCCAAGGGCUCUGCCAACACCGCCGCAGCCCUAACGAGACAGGUCAUGCAGGCCAGAUCCUGCUGCUGCUUUUGCUGCCAGAAGCCUCCAGCGGAGGAGCGGAGCCAGGAAAUGGUGGUAGUUCAGCCAAUAGCAGGAGCCGAGGGACAGGAAGUGAAGGAGAACCAGGACCCCGCACAGACAGAGAGCUCCCCAGAGCCCCCACGUCCACAGCCUGAACAGAACUGGAUUGCUCAGCUGCAGAAAAAGGCGUAUGGUUUUGGGUUAUCUGAGAGCCAACUCAGAAUGGAGGAGGAGGAAUUUUGGAGGGAACUACAGAAACGGUACCUUGAGCCACUGGUUGAGGACAAAGAGCAGCAAAGAAAGAUUGCAGAUGAUCUUAAAGACCUCCGGAAUAAGGUGACCUUCAUAUAUUUCUUCUCCAAUGCUUUAUGGCUGGUGGCCACGUUUUUUCUUCAAUUUAUUGGAGAAGCUGUCACCAUAAAAAUCCCAAAGGUCUACCCAAACGGCACUGUGGAUCCCUUCAAGACCUACUCAUUAGACCCAGUUGGGCUUAUGUUCCUCUUGAGCUUCGCAGCUCUUCUUGUGGUGCAGUUCGCUGCCAUGAUCUACCACAGAAUUUACACCUUGAUCCAUUACCUGUCCUAUAUUGACACUGAGAGCAAAGCUGGACACAAGUUGAAGAAGAUGAAGUCCCGAGAUGAUGUCAUUGAGGAGGAGGAUCAAGACUGGCGACAAGCAAACCGUUACCGGACUGUAAAACCUACCCGAAUAGGUGCCAAGCUACCAGAGAGUGCCAGGGCAGGGCCAGGGCAAGAUGAGGAUGAGCUAUAUUUCCAGAACCCAACAGCGAGUGAACGCACAGUCACAGUGGUGUAAAACGAAGAAUAUUAUAGAAUGGAGUCACUGUUAGUUGUUUCAUCAACCUCAUUUACCCCUUGAAGUGUGUCGUUUUGACUACAAUAUGCAUUGUAGCUUCCCACAAGCACAACACACCAAUAUACACGUAUUUUCAUGUACAUUGAUGGUAGGUAAAUUAUUGUGUAUGUACAGCAGUUGAGCGUCAUUGUCAUGGGCUUCAUUUCCCAUAGGGCCCAAGUACUAGUGUACAAGGCCACCCAUAUGUAAUAUACCGCAUGUCAUUACUAAAGGUUAAUAUAAACACUAAUUGUCAUUGCACAUACUGCAUGUUGACACAUUUUAUGUGCAUGUGCAAGGAAAGUAAUUGUAUUGGUGAGGCGGUACAUUUUCCUGAUAAUAUAUUGACUAUGGGGUGGCUCAUACAUGUGAGUGAAACUUACAGUAGGCCUAUGUAGGCCAGCUUAAGUGUGUUUUGGACACGCAUCGUCAUUCAGAGACUGAUGUUUGUGACAAUACAUUUAUCAACACUGUCUUUUUAGGUUUUGUAGUAUCUACAUGUAAAGUGUAUGCACAUUUUAUUGUGAGAUUUCUUCAGUUUGUUAUUGAAUGGGGAUGAUAGGAGUGUA